CUGGGCCUCUUAGCUAGUUAUCUGACUUUUUUGACGUCUGGUUCUUCCCCGACUGGUUCCUAGUAUCGGCCAAGUUUGGAGCCCCCUCCCUCUCCAUCCGAUAUCUGAGACAGAUGCCACACAGUACCAUGCCGGCGCUACCGCUCAUCCUAUCACAUCCAGAUAACCACACAUUGGGCUGAUUUCCCCCGGUUGUGGUCACUUGCGGCUUGAUCCUGCCUGCGGCUUGUCUUCGCAUCAUUCUUUGCCGCACGCUCGCUCGUUGCUGGAGUUGUGAACUCUUUUUCACAGCUUUCACCAAGGAUAACAUUUUCACUUGUUUCAUCAUUCAUUCGGUUUCUUCCUCUUGGUUCCAUCCACAAACAUUCUUUUUGUUGUUGGCCAUAUCAACUUUGUAAACUCAUCAUCUUCAUUCCCAUCUUUCGCCCUUGCGCCCAUCAACCAUGGCUGCACCCCCGGACCGAGCUACCAGGCAUAAUCGUAUGAUGAGCUUUACCAGCAACAAAUCGGAAAAGAGCUCCAAGACGCAUAAGAGCCGUGACUCUAAGCCUAAAGUUACCCUGAUCGAGAGUCACAGGGAGAAAGAAGCAAAUAGAAUCCAUACUCAUGCCGAUCCCACUCGCGCAAUCAGUGAAGCUCAGCCAUCGGCGAUUGCAUUGGAGAAGUCGAACUUGGAGUCUCUGCGUGGUAUCCAGCAUAAAGAUCGAUUUGGCAACGUCAUCACGGAUCCUGACCUUUCGAAUCCUACGCGCCAUCGCUUCGAGCGUCCUCUUGAUACCAUCCGGGCCUUUGAGGCGGCAAUCGAUGGAACUUACAACAGCCGUAGACUCUCUUACGCCAGAGGUAAUAUGACGAUGAAUUGGGGAAGAAUACAGGGUACUAACGUCCCUACAGAUGACAGUGUGAAUGGUCAGAGUCGCCCAACUAGCUAUUUCGGAGAUCCUCGCGGCAAUCUUACACUCCCAACACGCGGCUACAGCGACCAAAACAAUCACUAUAACACUCGCGGUUUUCAGUCAAGACGGGAUAGUUAUGUCGAUGCAUACGGUGACUCUGGCCAUAACCAGUACAAUAGCUACCAUGACGCCCAGCCUCGCCGCCCACGUCACGCGGGACGCCCGCACAACGACCAAUGGGGACCCCCACAAAACGGUUACGUACAGCAGCAAGGUCAAUAUCAGUCGUACGAUAGUGGAUCUGCCUCCGGCUCCGGAAACCAUUCCAUGGACCAUUUAGCUCAGUCUACCGACCCGAGUUCCCUGAGUAGCUCUAGAGACGGCCUGCAGCAGCAACCAUAUCAACAGCAGCCAUCGCAACCACCGCAGCUACAGCACCUCCAACAGCAGUUACAACAGCAGCAGCAACAGAAGAAAAUCGAGGCACAAAUUGGAGAAGCUUACGGAUUUACAGGAUUCGGCACUGAUCCCCAGUUGAAUAACUCGCAGCCACCUUUCCAAUCUUUGAGCAACGGAUCAUCUAGUGCAAACCACACGAAUGGGGUUACGCAGAGAGAUGGUUAUGCCAGCGAAGCACUCGCCCCUGCACCUCCGCCAAAGCAGACAACCCAAGUCACCGUCGAACCUGCUCGCAAAGACUCUUUCAUGCAGAAAGCAAAGAUAUCGACCGAGAAGCGGAAGAGCUGGUUCAAACGACUUAGCAAGGGCUAAAUGUGAGGUAACCAAGAUCUUGACAGAGGUUGUUGCCAUCUUAACUUUGGGCUGAAGAUUAUCAACUGCUUUUUUAAUCUCACGAGAUACGAUUUCUUUUCUUUUCCUACUUGAUGCGUGAUGAAUCUGAUCAAAUGCUAUUGCUCGGGUGGGUGGAUUCGGGGAAAUAGCGAAAGAAUGGGUAUUCGAAUUUUUCUGUUAUUCUCCGAUGUGAUCCUUUUUUGCCUUUCUUUGUGUCUUUGUUUUUUUUUGUGUUCUCUUUCCUGAUGUUUAUGCCUUCUUGAGAAUAUGGGAUAAUUGCCACUCAAUUCCUUUUACAUAUCUAUGUUGAUGCCUUUCAUUUUGCGUCCGGAAUGGCCUGGGUUUGGGGUUUGGAGAGCUGGAUGUCACGAUGACUAUGUACAUUUUUUUUUUUUUUCUUCUGCGUUGUUUUGCUUUUCGGGGGAAACGACAAUUUGGGGGGGGGGGGUAUGAAUUCGUUGAAUUUGCUUUCCAAGGGUAUCUUUUAAAAAGUUACUCGUUUCAAAACACAUUGGUGCAUCGGCGGCAUUUGAGACUUGAGCUAUCUGGGAUCGUUUGCGAGGGAGAUGGUUAUACGGCUUUUGACGCAUGAGAAUGUACCUAUUUGCUAAUGAAGAUUGUACUAUGAGACUAACAAACAUUGGACAUG